CCAUAUCCGAGGGGCCUUCCACUUUCACCUCAACACCAACCAUGUGGUAACAUCCUCUUCGACUUACUUCUACAUCACACCGGGUUGUAUUUUCCCUCUAGGCUGCACUCCAGCCAAACCCAAGUCUCGUUAUCUUCGUCCGGCUUUGGCUCUUUGUGCAUCCCUAUCCCACCAUGCCUGAACCUCGCGCAGGCGGCGGUCGUCCCGCUGGACAGGAGCAGGAAGGCGGAGGAAAGUCACUUUUCCAGUCCAUAGCCCAAGGCAUUGCCAUUUUCAUGGCGAUUCAGUUCGUCUCCAAUCAAUUCUUUGGCUCCAAGUCAUCCACCACGACAAGCUCCGGUCCCAAACCCGGAACAGUCACCUUUGAUCAGCGACCCGAAGCCAACACUGUUGCCAACUAUUCCGCAGUUCCUUUCCACAUCUCCCCCAUUUGGCCAACCGACAGUGAACUUGAUAUUCAAAUCUAUGUUUCUCCAGUCACCAAGUUGCCCAAGUUGAGCACUCUACCGAGAGAGAUCUUGGUCUUGGAUGAAAAGAAAUUUAAACAGGGAGAUUACAAGGACACCCGUGAUAUUAGUACAACCAUCGAACUGCCCAAAGAAGUCCAACACAAUGCCACUCUUCUCGCCCACUUCUUCAUUGGCCUGGCUGGCGCUGAACUUGAUCCAUCUUCUAAAGACUAUGAUCCUGCCAAAGCCCAUCAUUUCACUCGACCUCUGACUCAGUAUCAUGCCAAAAAGAAGGUUCGCAAGUUGAAGAAUCUCCUCGACAAAUCGGAAGAAGCAGCUGCGGAGCCUGAAGAACCGCAAGGUGUUCAGAUUUCUUCAUAUUACCAUCCGAACUUCACCCUUGCUCUGAUACCCAACACAGGCGUCCAAGAUUGGCGCCAGAUGCAUCCGGCCGUUCGCAAGAACAUUGUCCUAGAACCCACCGGCGCUAGAGACGAUUCUGGCCAGAACGGUUGGUACUACCCCGUCUUCUACCUCAAUACUUUCUGGCAACUCCGAUCCCACAUGACCGAAUUGAAUGACACUGUCUCUUCUGUUCCUUUGAAUAUCCACCUCUACAACCUCAUCAAUUGGCAGUACUCUAUUCUUGCCUCCAUCGAUGACGGCAUGAAACAGCAGCAGCAACAAGCCGCCUUCGGAACUCCAUCACCGACAGGAGGUGAUGGAAGUGAAAUGGAAAAGUUCAAAGAGAUCCUUCUUGACACCAACAGCUAUCUUCUCGCGACCACCUUUUUCGUCUCCAUCCUCCACAUGAUCUUCGAGGCCUUGGCUUUCAAAAAUGACAUUGCUCAUUGGCGUAAGAAGAAAGACAAUGUUGGAACCUCAGUCCGAACAAUUCUUGCCAACGUCUUCAUGCAGGCUGUCAUCUUUCUCUAUCUUGUUGACAACUCUGAGGGCACCAGUUGGAUGAUUCUCGCGGGACAAGGCUUCGGCAUCGUACUUGAGGCCUGGAAAAUUACCAAGACGGUCAACGUCCGCUUGCGCGAACCAGCCCCUGACUCCAGAUUUUCCUUCCUCCCCUUCGUGGUUGUUUUUGAAGACAAACACAAAUUGUCCGAGACGGAGAAGAAGACGCAAGAAUACGACGAAAUUGCAUUCCGAUAUCUCUAUAUCGUCGCCAUCCCUCUCCUUGGCGCCUAUGCCGUCUAUAGCCUGGUCUACGAAACCCACAAAUCUUGGUACAGCUUUGUGAUUGAAACUUUGGUUGGCAGCGUAUAUGCGUACGGCUUCCUCAUGAUGGUGCCCAGCCUGUAUAUCAACUACCGAUUGAAAUCAGUUGCCCACAUGCCCAGCAAAGCCAUGACGUACAAGUUCCUCAACACAUUUAUCGACGAUCUCUUUGCGUUUACCAUCCGCAUGCCUACUCUCCACCGCCUGGCCACUUUGAGAGACGACGUCAUCUUCUUUGUCUGGUUAUAUCAGAAAUGGGUCUACAAGGUGGACUAUUCUCGGGUGAAUGAAUUUGGCCAAGGAGGCGACAGUGACGAUGAGGAUGAGGGUGAAGAUAAAAAGGUUGAAGGCCUUGCAGGUCAAGAUACCAAGGAGUUAAAGCCGACCGCUGCUGUAGCGAGUGCGAGCGGUGCGGAGAAGAAAGCUGGAGCGAAGAAGAGGAAAUGAGUGGACAAGUGGGUUUUGAUACAAGCUUGUCUUGGACCUGGACCUGGACCUCGUACAGAUCGAUUUAUUUUGGUGAUUAUGACUGCGAGGUAGCCAUCCGGGUAGGUCGGUAAGGGUCUCUCCAAUAAUACUACCCCUAUUUGUCUAGCCUUCAAAAUACUCAAGCGAUGUUAUCCUUUUUAGCUCCUAUCAUUUG